AUGAAUGAUAGGACUAAUUCUCUUGAUUAUAAAAAUAUUUCCCUCAUGUUAGCAGGUGAAAUAAGUUCAGCUUGUAUAAAUAGAAACAACUUAACACAGCCUAUAAAACAGUCUACUGUAUCUUUCCCGGAUAAUAUGGAGGAUGACGAUGAACAAUUUAUCUUAAAUCUAAAAAAAAAUAUUGAUAAAAAUUAUAAAAUGCAAAACAAAGAAAGUUUUAGUUUAAAAAAUUUGCAAAAUAAACCGUUCUCAUUGAAAAAGAAGAAAUCAGUAUUCAGCGAUGAAAAUCAAAAUCUUAUGAAGCGAUUUAAAAAAUCUGUAGAUGAGAGUAAAGCUCUGGAUAUAACUCCACAGAAAUUACAGAAGCUUCAAAAUGUCAAUUAUAAUAACAAUGACAAUAACUCAAUGCCUACAGCUACUCCACUGCUCACCUCUGCUGUUGCACUUAACAAUGUUGACAUGAAUUUAAGAAACAAAGCGAAUCAAUUUUUCUUUCAAGUGACUUCAAAGUUGCAAAAAAAUGACCAAAUGAUAACACCAGCAAAUAUCAAAACUGUUACCGAAACAGAAAUUGAACAACUAAUUUAUUAUGAAAUGCAUUGUUUAACACCACCUCGAACAAUUCAUUGA